AUGUAUCCUUUUUCAGAUAAGAUUGUUGUGUGUGAUAAUGGUACAGGAGUUGUGAAAGCAGGUUAUGCUGGAGACAAUGUACCGCGUGUGCAAUUCCCCUCUCUAGUGGGAAGACCUCUUCUUCGAGCCGAAGAAGACUAUGUCGGAGAUCUAACGUUAAAGGAUCUCCUCGUGGGUGACGAGUGUAUCGAGUCGAUCCGUGCAUUAAAUAUCACAUAUCCUAUUGAAAACGGUGUGAUUCAGCACUGGGACGAUAUGGAAGAGAUUUGGAAGUAUACAUUCCAGAGAAAACUCGGAAUUGAUAUGGACGAUAACGGAGCGGUGUCUCCGGACGGUCUUCGCAUCAUGCUGACCGAAGCUCCCCUCAACCCGAAGGACAAUCGUCGCAAAAUGGCCGAAAUCAUGUUCGAGAAGUUCCACUUCGCCGGAUUGCAAUGCAAGCCGCAGGCCAUGCUCACGCUCUACUCGCGCGGCGCCUCCACCGGCGUGGUCGUCGACAGUGGCGACGGCGUUACGCACGUUAUGGGGGUCUUCGACGGCUACGUGCUGAAUCAUCUCACGCGCCGUCUGAACAUCGCGGGCCGCCACGUGACUCGCCACCUUCUGAAUCUGCUCCAGCAGCGCGGCUACGCGCUGAACGCCACCGCGGACUUCGAGGUGGUGCGCGAGCUGAAGGAGCGGCUGUGCUACGUGGCGUACAAUUUCGAGAAAGAAAUGCGUCUAGCGGACGAAACGACCGUCCUCAUGAGCUCUUAUCAGCUCCCUGAUGGGCGGCAAGUGCGGCUGGGCAGCGAGCGGUUCGAGGCGACGGAGGCGCUGUUCAAGCCGGAGCUGAUGGGUCUGGAGUGCAUGGGACUGUCGGAGAUGGUCUUCGAUCUGAUCCAGAAGGCGGAGAUUGAUUUGCGGCCGGUGUUCUAUAAGAACAUCUUGCUGUCCGGAGGAACCAGCAUGUUCCCGGGGCUGUCCUCGCGGCUGGAGAAGGAUAUUCGGGAGCAGUACUGUUCGGUGAUUCUGAAGGGAGAGACCAACCACAUUGCGAAAUCCAUUAAUGUGAUUGCGCAGCCGAAUCGGAAGCAUUCGGUGUUUACGGGAGCGGCGGUGUAUGCGAAGUAUAUCGCGAAUAACGUGGAUGCGUGGAUUUCAAGGCAGGAAUGGGAAGAAUGCGGAGCGCGCGUCCUGGAAAAGCCGUAACGGAGAUGAUGAGUGUAUUCU